CUUUGAUUCAAUAUUUGGUAACUUGUUCAUCAUCUGGCAACUCAAAGUACUCUGUUCGCCAUGCAUUCUCCCGCACACCAUCCACAACCAUGCCUAAAGCCGAGCGCUACCAGGAAGGCCUAAAUCCAUCAGAACCUGCAAUCGCCUCCCCACGAAGUGCUGUCGAGAUUCCAGCAUCUGCGAUACGGACAAGCUUCCAUCGCUGGCGCGAUGAUGACAAUACCAACAUCGUUUAUCGUCAGUCGCUUCAUCUUCAUCCCAUCCGAUCGCAGCCCAAGAAGCAAGGUCCUAAGAGGCCCUAGGCACUGCCCGUACGGCUCGUAGCUCAUCAGAUCCCACUCCAGCUCCUUAGGCACAUCGCGGGAUAACGCGGGGCUCAGCUGCCUAAAGCUGCACCCCGCAUACGGGGGCGCGGGCAACGAAUACAGCGAUCCCCCCUCCCGGUGUA